UUCUGACACCUUCCUUUGAAAGAACAGAAAGAGAGAGAGAGAGAGAAGUAGCGCAUGAAUCUUUCAUCCAUUUUACCGGAAAAACUGGAAGGAACAGUCAUCGAGAAAAUAGAGAAAAAAUAAUAAUAAUAAUAAUAAUACCAGAAAGUUAAACAAUCUACAAACCUAUUCUUCGCUCUCCAAAUCUAACCAGCCUUUUAGAGUCUUAGAUCUAGGUUUCUUUAUUUCUACUUCUAAUCAAAGACUUUUUUUUUUUUAAUUAUUCUUUUAAUUUGAUUUUAUAAAAGAAAAGAGUUUGUAGCAAUCAAGCAGUCGCAGAAAAUUGGAAUUGGUGAAUCGUAAAUAGGGAAUGAUUAGGGUGCUGUGUGAUAGAGAAAGAUGCAGAUGGAAAGAGAGAGACACAAUGUGAAUGGAAUUAGAAGUUACAGUGAAUUUUGCUGCGAUUAUGGUGGAUAUGGAGUAGAUCAGGAGAGAGACAAUGGCCGGAAUAUAUAUCCGUCCAAUUCGAUGUCUUCUCCAUCAUCUUCUUCUUCUUCUUCUUCGGCGACAUUGUUACCGGUCUCGUUGCCGCCGCUUCCUCCUGCUUCUCCUCCCCUGCCUCCUGGUGUCGGUUACAUCCAACACCCCGUUUCUAAAUUGGAUACGCUAGCUGGCGUUGCUAUCAAAUACGGAGUCGAGGUUGCCGAUAUCAAAAAGUUGAAUGGCCUCGUUACAGAUCUUCAGAUGUUUGCCCUUAAAUCUCUUCAGAUUCCACUGCCUGGGAGGCACCCUCCAUCUCCUUGUUUAUCAAAUGGUUCCAGUACACCUGGACAGAGUAGUUCUGAUCGGAUCUCAACUCAGAGCAUGCACCGUGAUCUGUUUGAAUCGUUCCAGUCCCUUAGAGUAGGCUCUUCUCCGCGGCACGUUUCCUCAGCUAUGUGCUCUUUACAAGGUUACUAUGGGCUUAAACCAGCAGAACAAAGCUGUAAAUCUAAAGAAUUUGACAUGGGAACGUACAGAAAAGGAACGGCAAGCUAUUUGGAAGAUAAAUUACUCCCAAGAACAACCAACCCACCUUUGCAACGUCAUAGGAAGUCGAAAAGCAUGGUUAAUGGUUUUUUUGAUGAGAAUGGUAUGGCUGAUGUCACUCACGUUACAGAAGUUAGGGAAGGAGACUCUGAUCGGUGGAGCGAGAAACUUGUUAGAAGGCGUCAGAAAUCUGAAGCUGACUUCUCUCGAACACCUGAAUUGCUGUUGGAAGAUAACAGCUGCAAUAGCGGGUUUUCACCAAUAACAGGAAAGCGUCUAGCUCCUAGACCUAAAGCGGCUAGUCGAACUACUCUAGCAACUGAUGUUGAAACAACUGGGUUGAACCCAUUACCGGUAAGCUUUGGAGAUUCGUUUCUUCCAGAUGGGUUUUUUGGAGUGAGGAAGUCUUCGAGUACAUCAAAUUUGCAGGAUCAAGAGAGUAAUAGUUCUGCAUCAAUCUGGUCAACAUCCAAAUGGAAUUUGAAACCAGAUCUACAAGCUUUUUCAACUGUGGGCAUUGGAAGACCAAUUUUCGAUGGCUUGCCUAAGCCAAUAACGGGGCGAAGAAGCAAAGCUGCACUUGAUUGAUCAACUCUGGUUUGCUACAAAUUUUGAUCGAUUAUUUGAUCAGGCCAGUCAGAACUGGCACCCAAAUGAGUAAAUAGAGAGUAAAGCAGGAAAAAGAACUCAAAUUAAAGCAUUUUGAAUUAUAUGCAAUACAAUUUUCUCGUUUGUAUUGAGGUAGGAGGCUGAGGUUAAGGGAAAUAAAUGAAGGAUGCAACUGAUUUAUGUUCUUAAACAAGGUAGCAAGCUGAACCAAACCUAGAUACGUGCUAGAAAAGUUCCUUUACUUUUGAUGCCUUAGAAGAAAAUGCAAAAAGGAUAUCCACAUCUUUUAAGUUUUUUUGCAAAAUUUGUUUAUAUAAUAUAUAUAUAUAUAUAUGUGUGUGUGUGUGUGUGUGUGUAUAUAUAGCAUAAAGAACUACCUAUAUAUAUUUUUAUUCUCAAA